AUAAUUUCUUAAAAUAUUGUGAAGAUGUGGAAACGUAUUCUUACAGUCUGUCAAGGCAGGCAACAGGGGUAGACAUUCAUCUCACCAAAUACACGAAGGAUGGCUUCGUGGUAGGGCAAGGGUGGCACCAAAGAGAACGCGAGAAAUUGGGCGGUGCGACUUAAUCGGAAGGUUCAGGUGAUCGGACGGUGGGCGGUGCGACUUAAUCGGAAGGUUCGGGUGAUCGGACGGUGGGCGGUGCUUCUUCCUCCUUUCUUCUUUUGUCUUCUUUUGUGUAUUUUUCGUUUUCUUUUCGCUUCAUUUUGGAAAACCCUAGACUGAAGUGGGCAAGGUUUGAUAAACAUGAGGUUGAGCAUUUGUCGCUAGGGUGGGUUGAUAGAGAGAAAGAAAUGCACCACUCAUCCAUGACUGACGGUUCUUUGGGUGCAGAGCUGAACUUAGGGUUUUGUUGCUUGUUCCUUCGUCUCCUCUCAAUCAAACAAGGCUCUCGUCCUCGCAUAAACUUGGAAAACUUGGUAAUUUAGGAGACAGACAACGUUUUGGUGGCUGGAAAUUCGAAAUAGACAACCUAAGAAAUAGUUUGUUUGUUCGUUGACGCCAAAUAAAACAUUCAUUCAUUCAUUCUCGUUCUCUAAACUAAUGCAAUCUCUAAAGUCACACCCUGCUCUUUUAUUUUCACUUUUCAAUCAAUUCUCUUCUUCUCAGUCUCUGACAUCCUUCCUCUCUUUCUCAACUAAAUGCCGUUUCCUACACUUCAACGAAACCACUUCAAUGGUUGAUUACCUAAAUUCCAACUUCCAGUUCUCCAAAACCCAAUCCCUUUAUAUCUCAAAACGUGUUUCACGGGGCAAAUUCCCUCAAAACCCCUUAUCAGUGCUCACUUUCUUCAAACAAAUAGGCUUUUCGCAAAGCCAGAUUCUCUCCUUGAUUCGUCAAAGACCCCAGAUACUGUUUACAGACGUUGACAAAAUCUUAAGAUCCAAAAUUGAGUUCUUUCAGAUGUCUGGAUUCCAGGGUCCCGAGUUAUGCAGCUUCAUUUCAAAGCAUCCCUCCAUUUUGACUCAUAGCUUGAAGAAAACAUUGGUCCCCUCAGUUGAAGCUAUUAGGAAAAUUCUGUGCGACCAGAAAGAUUUUAUUUUUGUGUUGCACAGAUGUGGCUGGAUACUCCCAAAGUACAAAAGGUUUAUGGAUAAUGCCGUCUUCUUGGAGAGGUGUGGCAUUCUUGGGACUCAUCUUGCAUUGCUACUCAAACUUCAACCAAGGCUUUUCAUUGCACAGCAGUCCACUAUUCAAAACCGUGUUUCUCGGGCUGUAGACUUGGGUUUCCGUGAAAAUUCAAGAAUGCUUGUCCAUGCAAUUCAUACAUUAAGUUGUUUGAGCGAUAAAACAUUUGAGAGAAAGCUGAAACUAAUUAAUAGCUUUGGGUUUUCCAACGAUGAGGGCCUACAAAUGUUGAAGAGAACCCCGACUUUGUUCAGAACAUCGGAGAUGAAGUUGAAAUUUGGAAUGAAAUUCUUCUUGCACACAGUUAUGUUGCCUAAGUCAGUCCUUAUUCACCGGCCUCAUAUUUUAAUGUACAGCAUGGAGGAUCGCGUGCUUCCUCGAUAUAAAGUCUUCCAGCUGUUGAAAUCAAAAAAUCUCUGCAAGAAAGUCCCCAGUUAUAUUCAUGUGUUGUGCUUGUCUGAGGAAAUGUUUUUGGACAAGUAUAUAUCACAGUUCAGGGAAAAUGCAGAGGAGUUAUUAGUAGCAUACAAGGGUCAUUAUCUGGAGGCAUAACCGUACCUUCAAUUCUGUUUUUUCACUCUUCUACAGGAAGCCUGGGCAAUUUGGCACCAACAGUUUUGAAAAGCGGUAUGCAACUGUGAUUUCAGCUGCAACAUCAAUGUUUUUGGAGUGUAUUUUGUUAGCCAACGUGCUAAGUGAAAGUUAUGCAGAGGAGGGAAUUAUGCAGAGAGUAAGAGAGGUAGAGAAACUGAGACUUUUUCUCAUUAACCAAAGAAUGAAUGAAAUACAGAAAUGUAUGUAGCAGAGUAAGUAAAUGAUCUAACUGUCAGAAUGACAGUUAUGGUAGUUUGGGUUUACAACAACACACCCCCUUAAACCAAACUAUCUAUAGGUAUAACAUUCAGUAACUCUCUCAAUCUUUCAAACUUGUUCUGCCUCAAAGCCUUUGUAAAAACAUCAGCUACUUGAUUCUCAGUUGAACAAUGACUUAAUUUUGUCUCAAUGUGUUUGCUUCUUCCGUGAAACACUGGGUUUUUUGACAAGCUAAUGGCAGAUUUGUUGUCUACCAAGAGUUGUAUUGGCUUUCUACACUCAAGCCUUAGAUCACCAAGAAGUUCCUCCAGCCAUACGCACUGACAAUCUGUCUCCGCAGAAGCUAUGCAUUCUGCUUCAAAAGAUGAGAGUGCCACCACACUUUGUUUUUUCGAACACCAGGAAAUAGGUGCUCCCGUGUACUUAAUGAAAUAGCCAAAAGUACUUCUUCUAUCAACCUUAUCUUUACACCAGUCAGAGUCACUCCAAACCUCCAAGGUGCCCUCCACGCUGCUUGACAUUUUCGAAAACAAAAGGCCAAAAUGAGCUGUUCCCUUCAAGUACCUCAAGACAUGUUUGGCAGCUGUCAUGUGUGAUAGCCUAGGUUCAUUCAUAAACCUGCUCAACAGUCCAACACCAUAGCUUAUAUCUGGCCUGCUGUUGCAGAUAUACCUCAGACCCUAUGAUAGGAAGUUGAAGGUGUAUGUAAGGAAGAGGAGAGGUUAGAUAACUGUGAUUAAACAGUUAGAGGCAGUUAGUUGGUUAGUUGGCCUAACUGUGUUAACAGUUAGGAGUGGCGGGAAUGUUAGUUUGUAUAAAUAGGUGAGUUGAGUAUUGGAGGGGGACUUUUUGACAGUUUGUAUGUUCUGAACAGACUUUGAGUCUUGUUGGAGGGAGAUUAGGCUCCCUUGUUGUUCCCUUUCUUGUAUUCUUUCUUGUUGAGCAAUAAACCCGAGGUUAUUCAUCAGUUUUCUUUACUCUGUUAGUGUGUUGAGUGAGUGGAAGAUACGGUUUCUUGACCAGAAACCUAUCACCCUACAAUCUGCUUGUACAAUGAGGCAUCCACACGGUUUUCAUCAAGUUGUUCUGUCAGCUUCAAAUUUGCAAUGACAGGAAUUGGUGCACUGUUGCAGUCUUUCAUGUUAAAGCGUUUCAAAACUUCAUUAAUAUACCUUCUUUGGUGUAGAAGUACUCCCCACUCGCUGUUUCAAUAAACUCCAACCCGAGAAAGUAGUUCAGCUUGCCUAAAUCGGUCAUAUCAUACUCAUCUUUCAUUCUCUUCUUGAACUCUUCAAUUUCUUCUUCAAAAUCCCCAGUCACAAGGAGGUCAUCUACAUAUAGACAAAUCAGCAGCUUAUUCUGCAGCCUAGCAGUACUCACAUAUACACCAAAUUCAACAGAACACUUCUGGAAUCCCAGCUUGAGCAGUAACGCAGUAAUAUGAUUGGGUCCUUACUUGCCUGGGGCAUUUUCUUUAAUUCCAAAUCAGAUUUGGAAGUUCUGGGGAGAGUGAGAGACUCUUGGCGAGAGAUCGAAGUUUCAAAGUGUGCAAGGGAGU